AUGGCAUGUCCGCCGCUAAAGACCAAAUAUGCGUCGCCAAAUGUUUUGAGAACCGGCAUCGCCGAAGACAAAGUUGUCGUCGCAAAAGAUGGCCUCACAAAAUGUCUUCCAGUGAUGACCACGCUCGUCGUCAGUUUAUUUAGCGACGACAUAUUCCAUCCAGAUGCAGUAUUCUAUCCCUUCUACAUCGGUGGUUUUGGUUACCUCCUUAUCAUGCAAUUCAAGCCUAGAUCUGAAGGCAGUAGAGGUCCAAAAUCAUCUUCCCCUGUUUUCGCGUUGGCAAGGCAGAGCUCCUCGAAUCCCUCCAUCAAAGAGAAGAAGAGAGAGGUGAGAGGCGGCAAGCACACCACGAUCUGGCUCCGCGAUGGAGUUCAUCGUCUGGACUUCCGUCGAAGUCGGAUGAAUCUGGCGAUGAAAGAGGAGGGAGCUAGUGAGAUUGUGGAUGCGUAUUCAGGGAAGAGGAGUAGGUUACCAGGCUUUGAUCUCAUUCUGCCUUCUUCCUUUCAUCCGACGACUCGGCUCCCUGAAACAGCUGCGGCAGCUGGGCGCCGGGAGAGCAUCUCCGACGGCGUGCCUUCCGACCACCCCCACAGUAGCGACGCUUCUCCUCCGCCAUGCUUCUUCCUCCGCCGCCUCUACUUCUUCUGUCACCAGGCGUUUGAGGUUGUGAAGGCGAGGAAGAACGUUGUCGCUAGAGAAAUCAGAAUUACGAGGCGUCGCCGAUCUUACGAUAGCUCCAAGACGAGGCCAGAUUUUGAGAUCGUCUCCAGAGGCUCGCAAUUGACGGUGGCAGCGGAAGUGGUUACAGGGAAAUUGGUGUUCGGGAAGGUGGAUCUGGUGUGGAAGAUCUUCUCCUUCCCAGUGCUGGAGAUGUGA